AGAAUGGCAAGAAAGUUGGUAGAUGUGUAAUUAAACAUAGAGAGAAAGGCAAGGAACAAUUUAUCUAGAUGUAAAAAUGAUAUUAUUUAAAAUUAUACCUAAUAGAGGAGCUGAAUUGUAUGAUGAAGGAGGUGAUGGGAUUAAGAUUGGAAGAUAGAUUGAGUUGUGGGAGAAAUUCAAUGAUUAUUCAAUAGUUUAUUUUUAAGGUGAAUAUAAAAAUGGUCGAAAGGUUGGUAGAUGGGAUAUUUAUUUUAAAGAUUAUGAUUUGAAUUUUAAAAAGAUGUAAAAAUAUUGACUACAAAUUUAAGUGGUGGAGGAUCAUAUGAUGAGAAAGGUAAUGGGAUUAAGAAUGGCAUAUGGAAUGAGAUAAAUGAUUGUUUUAAGAAUAGUAAUUUAAUACUUGAUAAUGGUGAAUAUAAGAAUGGUAAAAGGAUCGGCACCUGGAUAUAAGUGGAUUUAAAGAAGAUUAUAAAACAUAGCGAAUUAAAAAAGGAUAAUUGA